GUAUUCCUGCUGUUCACUUUUCUACUUCUGGAGCAACAAUAAUGUCAUUUUUUCAUCAUAAUUAUACACAUGGCGAUGCUGAUUUCCCUUUUCCUGCUAUAUAUCAGCGUGAUCACGAAGAAAAGGAUAUGAAAGCUAGACGUGAAUCGAUAAAAGGCAAAGAUGCCGCUAAAGGAAUAGAGGAACAAUAUAUCGAUUAUCUUUCGAUUUUGUGCCAGAAAAAAAGAUUUCCUGCUGAAAAUGCAGUAGGAAUCGAUGAAUCAUUGCCGGAGGGAUUUCUUGAAAGAGUGAAAGAAAGAGGGAAAAUUCUGCAGGGAUGGGCACCGCAGACAGAAAUCUUGGCACAUUCCAAUAUUGGUGGUUUCGCGAGCCAUUGUGGGUGGAGUACUGUAAUUGAAAGUAUUUAUUUUGCGGUUCCUCUUAUAGCCAUGCCUUUGAAACUUGAUCAGCCCAUAAACGCUAGACUGGUAGUCGAUGGUGGUGCGGCCAUGGAGGUCCUGAGGGAUGACGACGGACUGUUUAUGGCAGAAGAGGUGGCAAAGGCUAUAAAGACAACGAUUUUGGAGAAGAAUGAUGGGGAAUGUUUAAGGGCUAAAGCUAUGGAAUUGACCCAGAAAAUGAAAAAUGAGGAAGAAGAAGCCAUGAAUGAAGCAGCAGAUCAGCUAUGGCGAAUUUGUACGAAGAAUCAUGAUGUUGUGCAAUCUUCUUGA